AUGCUGCGCUCCCUGCGCCCCAUCCCGCAGCUGUGCCCAGCCCUGUGCCACCCCAAACGCCGCCUGUCCUCCGUGCCGCCACCCAACCCUCGCCUGCCGCUGCCGCAGCGCCUGGCGGUGGCGAGCGCCGUGGCGGGCGUGGCGACCGCGGGCUGGCUGUACCUGCGGCACCAAAAGGAGCAGCAGCAGCGCGCCCGCCGCCUCCGCCAGCUCCGCGAGCUGUCACUGGGCCAGGGCGACUUCGAGCUGUGCGACACGUCGGGGACACCGCGGCGCAAGGCGGAUUUCCUGGGACAGUGGGUGCUGCUCUACUUCGGCUUCACGCACUGCCCGGACGUGUGUCCCGAGGAGCUGGAGAAGCUGAGCCGAGCCGUGGAGCUGCUGGAGCGCGACCCGGCGCUGCCGCCGCUGCAGCCGCUCUUUGUCACCGUGGAUCCCGAGCGCGACGACGCGGCGGCGCUGGCGCGGUACCUGCGCGAUUUCCACCCGCGCCUCCUGGGGCUCACCGGCACCACCGAGCAGGUGCGGGAGGCGGCGGCCAAAUUCCGGGUCUACGUGAGCACCGGGCCCCGCGAUGCUGACGGGGAUUACGUGGUGGAUCACUCGGUGCUCACGUUCCUCGUGGAUCCCGACGGGAUUUUCCGGGACUGCUACGGCCGCUCGCGCACGGCCGAGGAGCUGGCGCGGAGCGUCAGGGCGCACAUGGACACGUACGAGCCGCUGCCCCCCGCGGGAGGGGAAUAAACGGCGGUGGCGCCCACCCGGAGCGG